CUCAGCGGCAUCGGCGUCGCGUCCCACGCCACGCUACGCCGACCUCGACCCACCGCUCCCGGGCCUACCUUCCUUCCGGACCGGUUCUCCUCUCCGCUUACCACACGGACUCGCCGCCUCGCCGGUCUCCUCACCGUGCCUCCGGCGGAUCGCAUCGCAUCGCCGCAACCAAGCUCCCGACGACGACCUAAACGUUCUCCCCUCCGGUGGUAAGCGCGGAGACUUCUAUACUGAUCGAAAUAAACUGCUUGGAGUUGCAAUGGACAAACUUAUGAGCACGGCGGACAAAGACGACUAUAAUUUUCGGUGUAACCUGUGCGACACAGAGGUUGUACAUAGCAUGACAGAACUCUUACUCCGUGGAUUGGCCACAGCUUCGGUGGACAACACCAUUGGCGACAUCUUCAAGAGCCCAUCUUCUGUAGCUGUUGGUGUGAAGACCGAGCUUGAAGGUUAUCUGUUUCUAAGAACUGAAACGCUUGUUCGUGAAUCUGUGAAUGGAGGUGAGGAUCAUUUGGAUCAGUUGAUGAAAGCAUCCACCAGGCCAACCGAGUUCCUGUCAGACUUGAUUGAUGACUUUGUGGCUUCGAAAAGGAACUUGCUGAGCCAUGUGUCUGGGUUUUUGUUGAGUGAAAGCCGCUUGAACAAAAUUAAAGACUUCAUGCAAAAGAUGGAGACGGAGAAUAUCUGGGCACUGGAUGGAAGGAAGGCUACUGCAGAGACUAUUCUUGAGACCAUAGACAUGAAAUGCAUUUUCCAUUGCCCUGAGAAAUUUGCUGAACAAGAUAAGCUGGUUGACCACAGAAGUCAGUGUAAAUUCAGGGUAGUGAACUGCAAAAAUGAUGGAUGUUUAGCUUCAUUUUCUGCUAUUCAUAUUGAUGAGCAUGACUCCAUAUGCCCAUUUAAGGCCCUACCAUGUGAGCAGCUGUGCCAGCAACAUGUUAUGCGCUGCGAGAUGGACAAACAUUGUGCAACAGUUUGCCCUAUGAAACUUACGAACUGCCCUUUUUACCAUGUUGGCUGUGAAACAGCCUUUCCACAGGGUACUCUUGAUAAGCAUUGUUCGAAGUUACUUCAAACCCAUCUGCUUUAUGUUCUUCAAGCAACUACAAGACGUGAUGCUUCCGUUAAUGACAUGAAUCAACGGUUACAACACCUUGAGAAGGCUCAGUCACUUAACGAACUCUCUGGGGCUUUAGAGGUCAAGUCCCUCACUCUGACAAUAAAGGAGCAAGAAGCAAAGAUCAAGAAACUCGAACGCGAUAUCAAAAUGCAAGAGGCAAAGAUGAAGAAGCUUGAGAACGAGUUUAGGUCAGGGAAAGCAUGAUAACCGUAGUAAUCAUAGACUUACUAGACAAACCAGGGUGGCAUACUUUAGGACCUGUAAAUAAUCACUGGCACUACCAUACAGUUUGCAAUCAUGUUUUCCUAUGCUCAUGUACGAACCACGAAGGACUCUAGGGUUUAGAAAAGUCAGCUUAUCUUGGAUUAUCUUCUUAAUUUGAUGUGAUUGACGUUUGAUACUUUCAAUUUCACAUAGUAAAUACUUGGGUUUUUGUUGGUUUGAGGUGUAUCGGGAUCAUCUGUGAUCUCCUUGUUGGUUUUGUCCCAGGGUGGGCUGUCAUGUAAAUGAUAUUGGGGUGUUUGAUGUGUAAUUUAACAGAGCUGAACAGUGGCAUAGUUAUUAUUGAUGAACUA